GAGUUAAAAUCUAGUAUGUGAGACCUCAAGCUAUGGCGAGUAUUCUCCCUCUCUCCCAUCUCCCUUUCCUAAAUCCAAUUUACCGUAUUAGUCUCGCGAACCCGAUUCGAAGACCCGACCUUACCUUUCCUCUAGCGUCAAUGUCUGCCGGCAAUAUCUCCGCCGGUGAAUCCGAAGCUCCCUGUAUCUCUUCCGAUGCUCCAGAUUCCACCGCAGCGAUCAAUUCUGAAUCGCCUGCAGCCGACGUUCUAGUGCAAUACGUGGUUCUCCGGCGAGAUUUGAUCGAUUCUUGGCCGCUCGGAAGCGUAGUGACGCAGGGAUGUCACGCUUCUGUCGCCGCUAUUUGGUUAAACAAGGAUGAUAUUCAUACUCAAAGCUACUGCAGUCCUUCCAAUCUCGAAAGUAUGCACAAGGUUACCCUUGAAGUAAAAGGAGAAACCCAAAUCAAGAACCUUUCGGAGAAACUCACAGGUAAUGGCAUUUCUCAUAAACUGUGGAUCGAGCAACCUGAGAAUAUCCCAACUUGUCUUGCCACAAAACCAUAUCCGAAAUCCAUUGUUUCUUCGUUUUUCAAAAAGCUCAAACUUUGCAAGUGAUUACAAAAUUUUCUUUAGUUAAAUCUUACCAAAAGAGGUGGCGAUAUUCAAAAUUAUAGAUUUCGAUCAAAGUUGAUAUCCUGUUGAUUCUUUAACAUGUCAUUUUCUAGCUCUACUAGAUCGACUUCUCAAUAUCCUAUGAUUUUAGCAUUGUAGAUUUUAUUUACUUAGCUUGUAACACUUAAACUUUUAUUUUUAUCGAACAUUUCAAGAAUCUUGUUUUGAAUUAAAUACCUAUCUGAUCAUACUUCAUCGGUU